CCAUCUCAGAAGCCACUGGCUUGCCGAGGAGCUGUAGCAGUCCCGUGCUCGCAGCCUCAAGAACCAUGGGGAUAGGCCCACGCAGCCAGUCCUUGCGAGGACCACGGCCCACCUACAGCAAACUCCAGGAGCCCUGGGGGAAGCCUCUAGAGAGCCGACUGCACCGGGUGCUGAGCCUCAGACAUGGGCAUGAGGAGUCCAGGCCCUCAGUCGGAGGCCCAGAAAGGCUGGACCUGCCCGGUCAGGAGUGGCUGCCAGGGGGCCCGGAGGACACGGAGCAGCUGAUCCAAGCCCAGCGAGGAGACGGCCAGCGGUGGCUGAAGCAGUAUCAACAGCAGGUGAGGAGAAGGUGGAAGAGCUUUGUCUCCAGCUUCCCUGGUGUGACUCUGAGCCGGCCGGCCUCCCCACAGCCCCCUGUGGGCACCACCAGCUAAGGAUGUUGGAAGUGGUGUUGGCCCCUGCUGCACCCAGAUGGGUUGGCCAUGCCUGCUGACCUACCUCUUCGUGGCCCCCUGGACGCCCCUGCGUGGACUGCUCCUGCAUUCCUUACAUGGUGCGCUGAGGCCUCUGCCACCAGCUCACCCGAGGGUCCUGUGAUUGCCCCUCGGCCCUGGCCCUCCACUCCAAGGCUGGCUCGCCACAAAGACCCCAAAAGGGCUAAGAAGAAGGGGGCUCAGUUCUGUUUCCUGGUGGAUUCUGCCCUCUGGGCAUGGGGGCACCCCUGGACAGUGACAUGUGUGAGGGCCUUAGAAACCUGCCUAGAAGUAAGGGUAUUGACAGCAUGGGCCCCACACAAGACCAGUAAUGAACUUCCAAGACAGAGCUCAGUGAAGCCAGACCCAUGGCUGAGAGGCUCUUGCACAUUGCCUGCCCACCACCCCCCUGCCAUGCCCCACCUGCCAGCAGCUAGUGGUGGGCAAGGCUUGGGUCUCCCUCCCUG